AAAAAAAAGUCUUUCUCUAAUCGUCUUGAAGCAAAAUAUUAUCAUUCUGUACACAGUGUUGUUUGUGAUUUUUUUUUAAUAUUUUCAUCUGAAAAUCUCUUCGUGCCAACAUUUGUUAUGUAAUAAGUUAUUGAAGCAACUGAAAGCUGAAACUUGAACAAAACAUCGAGUACCGUGUCUGUGAUAAAAACAAAGAGAGAGAGUUUUUUCUUAAAAAAAACAAAACAUUUUUUUGUUGACAGUUGAAAAAAAUAAACAUUUUGCGCGUGUUAUCUGUUGCGAUAUUUGAAUUUAAAAAAAUAACGUUCGAUGUUGGGUUCUGAAUUUGAAAAUGACGUCACAGGAAUCAACAAUGACGAAGAACUUUUUGACGGUGACCAACAUUGUGAACGAAGGGAUCAAAGGCAGCAAGAUCUCUAAGCUUGGCUUGUCCAAGUACCUCUCCCAAUCUCUAGCACAGCUAGAGACAACUUCGAUCAGCUCCCCUCAAGCGAAGUCGCCAGCUGGGAGCAGCGCUGGAGCGGCUGCAAGUGCCUCGACAGCACCUGGAGAACGGACGCCAACUGCUCACAACAAACAGCUGCAAAAUGUCAAGGGACAGGAUCAUCCGCCGCAUCCAUCUAUGGCGUUUCUCCAGAAUCGUUCCAUUUCCCUGGUGGACAUGUACAUCGACAAUUCAGAACCAUCGGAGAACGUUGGCCAGAUCCACUUCAGCCUGGAGUACGAUUUCCAGAACACUACCCUGAUAUUGAGGAUCAUUCAGGGCAAGGAAUUACCAGCUAAGGAUUUGAGCGGUACAUCCGACCCGUACGUCCGCGUAACACUACUGCCGGACAAGAAGCACCGGUUGGAGACGAAGAUCAAGCGACGCACCCUGAACCCGAGGUGGAAUGAGACCUUCUACUUUGAAGGGUUCCCGAUACAGAAACUGCAGAGUCGGGUGCUCCAUCUCCACGUGUUCGACUACGAUCGGUUUUCGAGAGACGACUCCAUUGGAGAAGUGUUCCUGCCUCUGUGUCAGGUGGACCUGAGCGAGAAGCCAUCAUUCUGGAAAGCUCUGAAGCCGCCAGCGAAGGAUAAGUGUGGCGAGUUGCUGACAUCAUUAUGUUACCAUCCCAGCAACAGUGUGUUGACGCUGACGCUGUUGAAGGCGAGGAACCUGAAGGCUAAAGAUAUUAAUGGGAAAUCAGACCCCUACGUGAAAGUAUGGCUUCAAUUCGGUGACAAGCGCAUAGAGAAACGCAAGACGGCGAUCUUCAAGUGCACGCUGAACCCUGUCUUCAACGACUCCUUCUCAUUCAACGUCCCUUGGGAGAAGAUUAGGGAGUGCUCCUUGGAUGUCCAGGUUAUGGACUUUGAUAAUAUCGGGAGAAAUGAGCUGAUUGGAAGAAUAUUGUUAGCUGGUAAAAAUGGAUCCGGCGCAACAGAAACGAAACAUUGGCAAGAUAUGAUCACGAAGCCGCGACAGACCAUCGUCCAAUGGCAUCGCCUCAAACCAGAGUGAAAUGGAAAAUAAAGAGCAAAAAAUAAAAUAAAAAAUUACAAAAACGUCAUAAGACUGAAUGGUUAACAAAAUUUAAUGACACUACCACUCUCUGAACUGUCCUUGUAUUGGCGUUGUGCUCUUAAUUCAUGUUUGUUAAAAUUUUGAAGUUUGUUAAAAAUAAUUAUUUUGUUUGUUAAAAAUGGUUUUGUUUAUUAAAUUACUGCUUUUUUUAUGUUUUUAUUUUUAUGUGGAAUCAAAAGUUAUAUUGUUUCGUUAUUUUCUGUUCGAUAAAAGAAAAUUAUAAAUGUUUUUAUCACGAUUCUAUUUCAUCGAAGCACACGCUAUUUCUCGAAUCUUGACUAUCUUUAAAAGUA